CAACGCGACGUGCAGUCGCACCCUUGCAAUUGCACAUCAUGAAGCGCCCACACGCCGCGCCCAAGCCAGCGCACCCCACGCACAAGCGCCAGAAGCUCGAGAAGCCAUCCGCGCCCGCAAAACCACCUGCGCCGCGCCGCAAAAUCCGCCUCGACGACCUCUCAUGGAAGGCCGUCUCCAUGCCCGACCGGCUGGAGGACUUCGAGGGCUUCUAUGGACUCGAGGAAAUUGACGAUGUCGAGGUAGUGCGGGAGGGUGCGACGCUGAGCUUUGGGACGAGGAAGAGCGAGGAGCAGCUUGAGCGGGAGAGGGAGGAGGGGAGGAAGAGGGAAGAGGACGAGAAGAGGAGGUUUGAGGAGAUGAAGGAUAGGCAGGGGGAGGUGGACUUGGAUGUCGGUGUGGAGGAUGAGGCGGUGGAGAGUGAGUGGGAGGGGUUUAGUGAUGGGCAGGGUGACGAAGAGGAUGCAGUCGGGGACGGUGAGGCGGGGGUGGAAGAAGAGCCCAAGCCAAUGUCGAAGAAGGAAAAGAAAAAGCAAAAGGAGAAGGAAAUCAAGGAACGAAAGGAAAACCAGAAGAAGGAGAAGGCUGCAAAGAAAGAGGCUGCAGAUCCCAAACCUGCGAACCAAGCCAAGGACAGCAAGGACCAGGAGCAGCAGAAGAGCAACGAAAAACAGGCAAUAGGCAAUGGGGCCUUUGACCUUCUGGCCGAUAAAUCUGAGGACGAAGACGAAGGCGAUGUCGACGUCUCGGCGUGGGAAGACCUUGGCCUGUCCAAGCAAACGCUUGCCUCGCUGGCCAGACUGAAGUUCUCCGAGCCAACGACCAUCCAGUCUUUGGCCGUCCCAGAGGUCCUUGCGGGCCGCGACGUGAUCGGAAAAGCUUCUACCGGCUCCGGAAAGACUCUCGCCUUCGGUAUACCCAUCCUGGAAUCGUACCUCAAGUCGCCGCCCAACGCGAAGAACCACACUCCCAUCGCUCUAAUCAUCUCGCCCACGCGUGAGCUUGCGCACCAGCUUGCGGCACAUCUAACCGCUCUAUGCGCCGACGGUGACUUCAAGGCGCCGUCGAUAGCGACUGUCACUGGUGGAUUGGCCGUACAGAAACAACGCCGACAGCUGGAGCAUGCAGAUGUCAUUAUCGGAACCCCAGGUCGCUUGUGGGAGGUCAUCAGCAGCGGUCAAGGACUCUUGGCGUCUAUCAAGAAGAUCCGCUUCCUUGUGGUAGACGAGGCUGAUCGCCUUCUGAGCCAAGGGUCUUACAAAGAGCUCGGUGAAAUCCUCAAGAUUCUUGACCAUGACGAUAACACAGAAGAGGGGGUCGAGCCUGAUCCAGCUGCGGAGGUUCAGCGCCAGACUCUCGUCUUCUCCGCCACGUUCCACAAGGGCCUUCAACAGAAGCUCGCUGGCAAAGGCCCCAAAGGCGGCGGCGACUUGAUGAACAAGCAAGAAUCCAUGGAGUACCUCCUCAAAAAGCUCAACUUCCGGGAAGAAAAGCCUAAGUUCAUCGACGCAAACCCCACCUCGCAGAUGGCCACGGGCCUUAAAGAAGGCCUCAUCGAAUGCGCCGGCACAGAAAAGGACCUCUUUCUCUACUCCCUGCUCCUCUAUCACCCCAAAAAGCGCGCCCUCAUCUUUACAAACUCUGUCUCAGCUGUCCGCCGCGUCACCCCCUACCUCCAGCACCUCGACCUCCCCGCGCUGCCCCUCCACUCGGGCAUGAUACAAAAAGCCCGCCUCCGGUCCAUCGAGCGCUUCACCCAGCGCCCCGGCUCCAUCCUCGUCGCCACCGAUGUCGCUGCCCGCGGCCUUGACAUACCCGGCGUCGAACUCAUCGUGCACUACCACCUCCCCCGCGCGGCCGACACCUACGUGCACCGCUCGGGCCGCACGGCGCGCGGGUCCGCCUCGGGCGCCAGCAUCCUCAUCUGCGCGCCGGAAGAAGUUGCAGGCGUCCGGCGCUUGGUUGCCAAGGUGCACGCGCGCAAUGAAGCCGCGCCCGGCAAGAGGAAGUCCGCGUACUUCAUCCGUACGCUCGACAUCGACCGGCGCAUAGUCGCGCGGCUGAAGCCCCGCGCUGUGCUGGCGAAGCGCAUCGCCGACGCGACUAUCGCGAAAGAGAAGACGCACUCCGAAGACAACUGGAUGCGCGAGGCGGCAGAAGAACUCGGGGUGGACUACGACAGCGAGAGCUUUGAGAAAGAGGCGAAGGGACGCAAGGGUCGGGGCGCGGGACGCAAGAAGAAGGAGAAAGAGGCGAGUCGGUUGACGAAGGGGGAGAUGGGGGCGUUGCGGGCGGAGCUCAAGGGGUUGCUUGGGCAGAGGGUGAACGUGGGUGUUAGCGAGCGGUACUUGACGAGUGGAGGAAUUGAUGUCGAGGCCUUGAUGAGAGGGGAGGGGAAUCUGGAGUUUUUGGGCGACGCGGGGGCGCUGGGCUUUGAGGAUUGAUGAGGAGAGGGUUGGGGGUGUAGAGAAUCUUGCUCGAGUAGAGCAGUAUGCUAUGAUGUUGUGUGUUGUAGGCUGAUACCCGCUUGCAGAUGUGGGACUUCGCAGCG